GACUAUAUCUAAUUAACCAGAGCCUCCAGGAAAUACCACCCCUGCCUGAUGUAGAGUCUAUAGACCAUACUAUGACAGAGGUAAGUAUCUAUGGAGAAACCCUCUAUACCCAGUGACCUCGCUCUCGAUGAAGCAGAGAAGGCAUGCCAUCCGCCUUCAAUACCAUGCUCUACUCUAAAGAAUGAUCGAUGUGCAGCCAGAUGAUCAUUCCAUGCAGCAGGAUCGCCCCUAAGUCCGGGAAAAAAAGCCAUGCUUGUGCGAAGUAUUGCAUUUAUUGUUUUCUUUUUCUUCCUCCUUCCUUGUUCGAUUCCCUGCUCAACAGAAAAAAAUCCUUUUCCGGAGCCAACGGGAAGAUCAAGAUGCGCAGCCAGCUGGAUCGACAGCGAAGAAAAGAGUAAGAUGGACGGUAUAAGGGGGGAGGGAGAGAGAGAGAGAGAGACGAAAAUAAAACCCACAAGCCCAAGCCUCAGAACUAGUUCAAGCCAUUCAUGCAGGAGGUCAUCAUGGACAAAAUUCUCGUCUCUUCCCCCUUUUUCCUUUUCAUCCUUCUGUGCUUUUCUUCAUUAUCUUUUCCUGCCUUCCUCAUUUUUUGUCCAAAAUGGGUUGCCUUGCAGAGCUGAUCGCAAUUAGAAAAAGACACAUUCAGACACACAGACGAAGUCGGAAAAAUGACGUUAAACACCUAAUUCCUGACCAGCGAGAAAAAGGAUCGAUCAACAG